AUGGGUGAAUUCCAAGAUGUUGAUAGAUAUAUAUCUAUCCUCAAAGAGUGCAAACCUUUGAACGAAGCAGAAGUUAAACACUUGUGUGAAAAGGCACGCGAUGUUUUAUUGGAAGAGUCCAAUGUGCAGCCAGUCAAGUGUCCAGUCACCGUCUGUGGUGAUAUUCACGGCCAGUUCCACGACUUGAUGGAACUCUUUAAGAUCGGAGGUAAUUGCCCCGACACCAAUUACCUGUUUAUGGGUGACUAUGUAGAUAGAGGUUUCUACUCGGUUGAAACCGUUACCCUUUUGGUUGCCCUAAAGGUUCGUUAUAAAGAUCGUGUCACCAUUCUCAGAGGUAACCAUGAAUCAAGACAAAUUACUCAAGUAUAUGGUUUCUAUGAUGAAUGUCUAAGAAAAUAUGGUAAUCCAAAUGUUUGGAGAUACUUUACAGAUUUAUUUGAUUAUUUACCUCUAACAGCUUUGAUUGAAAAACAAGUAUUUUGUCUACAUGGAGGUUUAUCACCAUCAAUUGACACUUUGGAUCAUAUUAGAAACUUGGAUAGAUUGCAAGAAGUACCACACGAAGGUGCCAUGUGCGAUUUGUUGUGGUCAGACCCCGAUGACAGAAGUGGAUUUGGGUAUUCGCCACGUGGAGCAGGUUAUACAUUUGGCAAGGACAUUUCCGAGCAGUUCAACCACAACAAUGGUUUGACGCUCGUUGCUCGUGCCCAUCAGCUCGUCAUGGAAGGAUACAACUGGUGUCACGACCAAAACGUCGUCACUAUCUUCUCGGCCCCCAACUAUUGCUACCGUUGCGGUAACCAAGCUGCCAUCAUGGAGAUUGACGAAAAGAUGAAACACACCUUCCUCCAAUUCGAUCCUGCCCCUCGUCGUGGUGAACCACAUGUCACUCGUAGAACUCCAGAUUAUUUCUUAUUCGCUGCUGAGAGUCGGUUGGCUAAUCACUCAAAGUUUUUGUUUCUACUAGAUAGGAAAGAGAAAGAGAAAGAGACAAGUUGGUCAAGUUUUAUUAUUGAUUCAAAACGACGACGACGACGAAUCAAUCAAUUAAAUAUCGACUAUCUUCUUUUAUCAUCAACAUCAUUCAUCAAUAUCAAUAGUCUGACAAGAACAAGAACAAGUAUGGAAAUUGCAUAUAUGAGAGGAUACAAGAGAUCAAUAACAAGUACAAUCAUUUAUUAUGGAUUGUUGGUGAUGACAUUGGGAACUAUAUUGGUAGUCUUUCAUUGGAUGCCAAGAUGGUACUACAAGUUAAAGUUUAGAGACUCGCCACUCAAGGACGCAGCCUAUGUCUACAUCAAAGACAAUGAAAAGAACAGCACAUUGGUCAAGGUGGUACCGCUGUCGGUCGGCAAGACAGGGUUGGCCAUGUCCGGCGACAAAGUGACCAAGAUGAUCAUCCACAAGUUUACCGGCACGCUCACCGAAGACGGUCUCGACCUUCUCGGCGUCGUCCCCUCGUACAACCGCUCGUUUGCACCGAUGGUGCGUGACGUCGACCGUCUCACCGGCCCGCUCUUCCUCACCCUCGCCUCGUGCCACACGCUCGCACACAUUGAGAACCAGGUGAGCGGCGACCCGCUGGAAGAGAAGAUCUUCCAGGCCACCAAGGCCCACCUCGACGACAACCACCCCAACUUUUGCGCCGCCAUCCGUCUCGAGCAAAAGCGCACCAACCUCCACGUGCAGGUCGCCGACCAAGUGUCAUUCCCCGUCUCGACCGACGCGAUCGAGGAGUGCCAAGAGAUUGGCUUGGUCGAGCGUUUCGAGUUCCAGUCGGCCCUCCAACGUAUGAGUGUCAUCAUCCGCGGUGUCGGGCUUGAAGGCAAGGACUUUGCGCUCGUCAAGGGGUCGCCCGAAAAAAUCAAAGAGCUCUCGGUCGCCGACUCGGUGCCCGCCGACUUUGACGCCGUCCUCGACACCUACACCAAGAAGGGGUACCGUGUGUUGGCAUGUGGGUACAAACCAUACAACGCACCCGCCAACCGCACCAAAGAUGAGAUCCGUGACGAGGUAGAGUCAGGUCUCUACUUUUUGGGCUUCAUCGUCAUGGAGAACAAGAUCAAACCCGAGACACCCCCCGCACUCAACGUGCUCAAGGGUGCCGGCAUCCGUUUGAUCAUGGUCACCGGUGACAAUGUUUUAACGGCCGUAUCCGUGUCUCGCGAAUGCGGUCUCGUCGCACAACACAAGAUUGUGUUUGUGAGCGAGGUGACGCGUGAGAAUGGCGUGCCAACGAUCAGCUGGCGCGACGCUACCUGCGAACCCAACGCACUUACUCAUCGUCUCGACCCCGUCUCAUUGACCGUCGACGGCAAGUCCUACGACGAAGAAGAGUUUGUGUUGGCUGUCACUGGUGACGCAUGGCGUAUGCUCUACGAAGACAUGCAAAAGAAUGGUAAAGGUAUCACCUUUACACGUCUCUUGCAAAAGGGAGCCAUCUUUGCCCGUAUGACACCCGACCAAAAACAAAACCUCGUCGAGCAACUCCAAGAAUGCAAACUCUACGUAGGUAUGUGUGGUGACGGUGCCAACGAUUGCGGUGCCCUUAAAGCUGCCCAUGUCGGUAUCUCGCUGUCCAUUGCCGAAGCAUCCAUCGCCGCUCCAUUCACAUCGACCAUCACCAAUGUCACUUGCACACACCAACUUAUCCGUGAAGGUCGUGCAUCGCUCGCCGUCUCAUUCAAGCUCUUCCAGUUUAUCGGUAUGUACUCUCUUAUCCAGUUCAUUUCCGUCAUCCUUCUCUACAUGGAGGGUGGUGUACUCGGCAACUGGAUGUAUCUCUACCAGGAUCUCUGGAUGAUCUUCCCACUCGUCAUCUUUAUGGGUCGUACAGAACCAUGCUCCAAACUCGCCGUCAAGCGUCCCUCUUCGCGUCUCAUCUCCGUUCCCAUCCUCGGCUCGCUCUUUUCCCACGUCAUUGUGUCUGCCGUCUUCCAAACACUCAUUCUCAUCUUUGUUCAACGUGAAAAGUGGUACACUACCCACCCAGUCACUGACAAUAUGGAUGGUAUCAUCACCUACAUUUGCACUAGUCUUUUCAUCUAUGGUAAUUUCCAAUACUUGAUCAUGUGCUUUAUUUUCUCUUGGGGUAAACCUUUCUUGAGAGCUAUCUAUACAAAUAGAUUAUUAUUUGGAUGUUUUUCAUUGACAGUUUCAACUUCAUUUUUAUUACUUUUGUUGCCAACUGCCAAGAUGUGGACAUUUUUACAAUUGUUGGAGGUGCCAAUCGAGUGGCGUGUCAAAAUGUUGAUUCUACUUGCCAUCAACGCAGUCUUGUCGAUUGGUAUUGAAUGGAUCAUCAUCCUAUUAAAGGAAAAGAAAUCACAACUCAAACGUCGUGCCAAACAAGAGGCUAGCAAAGUCAUCAAUGUUAUCCAUCAACACAAUCAUAUAAACUCUAUCCAAUAUGCCUAA